ACUGUUUCCUGUAUGGUCAUCUGUGUGUCUCCAUGAAUUCCUUCCUUUCUGCACCACAGGGAGGCAGAUGUACACAGGGAGCAGGACGACCGGCCUCUGAUGACUGCUGGAGAAUCCUCUCUCUCUACUCUGUGCAACACUCCACAGUCUAGAAGCCCUAGCAGUAGCCGGGCAGCCAGCGUGGCUCCAUCCCCGUCCCUCUCCAGGCGCUUUGAUAACACCCGACCCCUGCCCUCUCCUAAAAGCACCCUCCGCAGACAGUGUAACAACAGACCCCAACCUCUUCUGAACCAGGACUCCCCGUCCUCUGAUGCAGGUGGAAGCUGCUACACAGAGCUGUACCCUGGCCCCCAGAGCUACGUAGAGAGGCUGCGGGUGGAGGAAGGGUCAGUGGGCAUCGAUCAGCUGAGGUUGGAGGACGGGAACGUAUACUUCUCGCCAGUGGUGGAGGCGGUCUCAUCUUUCAAACCGAGCAGGUAUCUGUCGCCGCUGAUGCCCAAGGAGAAUAAGCCUUUGGAAGUGGGCAUCCUGCGGAGGGUGAAGGAGCUGCUGGCGGAGGUCGACCCCAGGACAGCGGCCAAACAGAUCACCAAGGCUGACUGCAUGGUGGCCAGAAUUCUGGAGGUGACCCCGGAGGUGCAAAGGAUGAUGGGAGUUAGUUCUGGGAUGGAGCUGCUUAUGUUACCGCAUGGCACACAGUUAAGACUGGACCUACUGGAGAGGUGAGAAAGAAUUCAGAAAUCCUGGGCACCCUAACCCAGACAACCUAGUCCAACCAGUAGUUCUCAAUCAGAAUACUCAAUCAGAAGGGUGUUU